GCCUAGAUUUUAGGUUUUUUACACAACGAGAACAUUUCUGUUUACCUACUACACUUGGCAGCGAGAAAUGUCCGGCGAAUCGGCGGUUACGGCUAUGGAGAGGGCGACGGCGGGGAACCAAAAUUCCCUUAAGAUUAACUCGAACAACGCCGAUACAAGAGAUAUGGAGCUCCAGAUUCUUGCAGCAAUGCGAUCCCGCGUAACCUACCUCAGAAACAAAGCAGACUCGGUGACCUUCGCGAGUGUGCGGAGGCUUCUGGAGGAAGACAUGGGAUUGGAGAAAUAUGCGUUGGAUGCGCAUAAGAGCUUUGUCAAAGACAAUUUGGUUAAGUGCUUAGAGGAUCCUGGUGAUGCUGAUGGCGCUUCAGAUAACCCUGAGAAGAAAGAUGAUGUGACUCCAGUCAAAGAAGAAGCAGUUGCAUCGGAAGAGCAAGAGCAAGAGUUGAAGAACGUUGCAAGAGAAGCCCUGAUGUGUGAUAUAAAGAGAGCCCUUCACAAAAGAGCGUCUUUUAUUAAGGCUAAUUCAGAGGAAAUUACAAUGGCUUCACUUCGUCGACUUUUGGAGCAAGACCUUAGUCUAAAGAAAGAUUCUCUUGUUCCCUUCAAGAAGUUCAUCAACAAAGAACUAGAUGCUGUACUACAACCUCCUAAACAUUCGACUAAGCCUACUGGGAAAAGUGUAAAGAAAAAGGUCAAGAGCACAGCAUCUGACAAGGUUGGCAGUGAAGAUGAUUCUGAUUCAGAUGCUGAGGAAGUGGCUGUGAAGACCCAGAACAGAAAACGAAAAAUUGCAAGUGGCAAACCGGUGGCUGGGAAAAAGAAAGCAAAACUUACGGAAGCAGAUUCAGAGAACGAUAGUGAAAUGAAGGCUGAAAAACUGUUGAAGCAGCAGGGAAAGGAGACUCCAAUAACUGUGUAUGGAAAGCGUGUCGACCAUCUCAAAUCGGUCAUCAAAUCUUGUGGGAUGAGUAUUCCUCCUGUCAUAUACAGGAAAGUCAAGCAGGCUCCUGAAGAGAAACGUGAGGCUACUUUGAUAGAAGAACUUGAGCAGAUACUUGCCAAAGAAGGACUGUCUUCAGAUCCUUCAGAGAAAGAGAUCAAAGAGGUUAAGAAAAAGAAAGAAAGAUCAAAAGAGCUUGAGGGUAUUGAUACAAGCAACAUUGUAUCGAGUUCAAGAAGAAGAUCUGCCACAAGUUUUGCACCACCUCCAAAGCCGAAAAUAACAAGUGAAAGCGAGAGUGACGAGGAAGAGGAAGAGGAAGAGGAAGGUAAUGAAGAAGCUGGGGAAGGAAGCCAAAGCGAAGAAGAAUCAAACAACGAGGAUGAUGGUGGAGAGGAAAGCGAAUGAUUUGUAUGUUUACUUACUGUUCUGUCGUAAGAAAUACAUCAUCCAUUCUAGCUUAGAUCUGUAUCAGCUGUACUUUAGUGACAUUUUGUUGCUUUUUUAUUAUGAUUCUGUUGCAAAUGGAAUUGGAACACUAGUUGGAUAAAUAAAAGACACUAGAGAUUAGGAUGAAUA